AUGGAGAUUGCAAUUAAUAAAUCUGAAGGUUUCGUAGCAGAGCAAAGCCCAAGUGAUAUCGAUGUGAAAGAAAAUCUCUUGUCAAGCGAAUCCGAUAUAAAACUGCAAUCAACUAGAAUUGAAACUCCGGUUGAAUCAAAGCAAGCACUUGCUGAUUUGUUGUCCCCCGCCUUUUUUUCCAGAUCGAUUCCAGAGUCUCAACAUUCAAGUAAAGCACACCUUGCGAAGCCUUACAGAUGCGAAAUCUGCGGGAAGACUUUUCGCUUGAAACCCUUGCUUGCUGUCCAUUCGCAAUGCCAUUCGGAUACGAAACCACACGCAUGCGACAUCUGCGGUAAAGAGUUUCGGCAGAAAUGUUCACUGCGAAGACACCGCCAGCUGCAUUUGACCGAACGGCCAUACCGUUGCACCGUUUGCCACAAGUCGGUAGCCGAUAAGAGUAACCUUACGAGGCACAUGCGAAUCCACACGGGUCAGCAGUUGCAUAGGUGCGAAUUUUGUGACAAACGUUUCAAUACCCUAGAUUUACUGAAUGGACAUUGGAGGAGGGUACACACCGGUGAACGACCGUUCAAAUGCAACAUUUGCGAAAAGACGUUCGUCACUAAUGGCUCCAUGCUGCAACAUAAGUAUUCCCACACGAAUGAGCGAAACCACAAAUGUGAUAUCUGCGAUAAAGCUUUUCGUACUCCGCGUCAGCUUAGAUUGCACGAAUCUGUGCACUUGGGUGUGAGGCCUGUUAGCUGUGAGAUCUGCGGCAAAGGAUUUAUUGAGAAUCAUGGGCUGAAAGUUCACAUGACCAUCCAUACGGAUGGCAGGUUUCCGCAUGGGUGCGAUCAGUGCGAGAAAAAUUUCCCUACUGGGUAUCAGCUAAUGAUGCACCACAGACGUGUCCAUACGGCUGAUAGAGAACGUCACAAAUGCAAAUUUUGUGACGAAAAGUUUGAACGAAUUGGUGAACUUCGCCGCCACGAACGGUCUCAUUCGGCGGAACAACCGUAUCGCUGUACCGACGACGACGGCUGCGGGGAGAGUUUUUUCUCGUAUCUCGAAUGGAAGAGGCACAUUCAGGUGGUUCACCGAGGCGAAUCGUUGAAACGAUGUGCGCUGUGCUACCGAGAGUACACGUGUGACGCAAGUGUGGAGAGGCACAUGCUGGUCGCCCAUCCGCCGAGCGACGACGGUGUACGGAGGGCGGAUUGUGAGAUUUGCUACAGUGGACCAUUUACGGCAGAGCAGAUGGCCGAACAUCGGGCGAUGCACGCGAGUGCUGGCGGAGGCGGUGAGGAAGUCGAGGUGGUUAAAGUUGAGCUGUGAAAGUGAAAUACGUACUGGGAAGUUGACACAUGACAACGACGACAACAAUAUAAGUCGCAACGGCAAGGCCGAACAAAAAGAUGUACGUGAUGCUGAAGCAGCUAAACUUUAUCGAAAGGAACAAAAAGAUAUUCUGGACGUCGCAGCCAUACGAUUCUAUA